AUGUCGCUGUAUUUGUCAAUCCCUGCCAUCAGCAACGAGAUAAACCGAAUCCGCCGCUCUCGGUACGAGAGCGUGUUGUAUGGUGUCUGGACCAGUAUCCUGACAUGGCAGUUCCCUGUCACAGAGGGGUACGUUACGUGCCCCCAAGCUCGCCAUGGUUCUCAAUCCGGGGAGCGGGGAUGGUCAGAUCUCCAUACAUAUCAUUACCCCAACGGCUCCAACACAGCAGAUAGGUUCCUCUUUGUACAAUGUAAGAGGCGAGGUGGCCCUGCUACUUGGAGAGACGGCCUGGACCAAUUGCUCCGAUAUGUUCGGGCUACUCAUCGGACGCGCCGCUAUGGCCGUCGGUCGCCAGUCUAUGGGAUACUCUGUGUCGGUGAGAUGGUGAGACUCUACAAGUACCAUGACCCGACUCGGACUCUCCGACCCUUUGCACCCCCGGGGCUCGCUACGGGCGACGAAUGGAAUAUCAGACUUGACGCCCGUAAGGUGCAGCGCAUCCUGAACUACAUCCUUCGUCACCAUUAG